GGCUACUCAGUCAGCGCCAAGCCCAGCUCCAGGCAUCAACUUCACAAUUAUGCCUGGCACCACAACAGGGAAGAAGCUGGAUCUUUCCAAGCUCACAGAUGAGGAGGCCCAGCAUGUGUGGGAAGUUGUCCAGCGAGAUUUUGACCUGAGGAAGAAGGAGGAAGACAGACUCGGGGAGCUGAAGACCAAGAUUGAGAAGGAAGACACCAAGCGGGAGUUGUUGGGGAACCAGACCAGCCUGACUGAGUCUCACUGUAUUCGCUGUCUCCAGCCCUUCAAGUUCCUAGUCAACAGCAAGCAUCAGUGUCUGGACUGUCAGCUCUCUGUCUGCAAGUCCUGCAGCCGCUACAAUAAGAAGGAGCAUGGCUGGGUGUGUGAUCCCUGUCAUAUGGCCAGGGUCCUCAAGAUCGGCACGUUGGAGUGGUACUACGAAAACGUCCGUGCCCGCUUCAAGCGCUUUGGCAGCGCCAAGGUGAUGCGAUCGCUCUUCAAGAGGUUGAGCAGAGAACACAACUGCUCUCAGAAUGACCUUGGAGAGCCCCAUGAUUAUGACACACAGAGCAUGCCUGAGGUUCACACAGAUGGAUAUGAGGAGCACAGUAUGGAUGCAACAGAUUCAAAACACUACGGGGCCUCAGGAUCCCAUGACAUUAUGGCCAUGGAUGUAGGCGGGAGGGACUCGGUGCUUGCUGAAGCUGAACUGGCCUCUGUCUUUCACCAGAUUUUGGAGCAGCAACACAAAGAUGACCUUGUGUACUCAGACAGCCGAACUAUCCCGUCUCGCUCCGUCUCCCAGCUCAGCUACUCUUCAUGUGGCAGUGGGAGUGCAGGGGGUCCCCGGGGCAGCAGCAGUUAUCUCCCCGGCCCUGAUGACUUGGAGGAGGACGAUGACCACUGCAGACCCUACCCGCUCUACCAGUCUCACAGAGGCCCCUGGAGCCACACCUCUCAGGAGAGCCUGAACUCAGCACACCCCCCACCACAGAUCACUGACCUGAACAAACGCAUGUCAGCCAUUGAGACCCUCUUGAACCGCUUAGAACAGAAGGUCACCUCAACGUACGACCAGGCCUCUCCGACUCCAAACAGCACCUCUCCUCUUCCUCAGUGGGAGGAAGUGGACCUGGAAGAGCAGCAGCUCAGGCAGAAGCUCAACGAAAUGACAGACAACAUCAGUGACCACAGCCUAACCUCUGAUGAGGACGAGUCCAACAGGCCACGUUCCUCGCAAGAGAUCCCAGCUUGGAGGAGCCCGGAGCGGGAUACCAAGCCUUCCAGACUACCUACCAGACCCACAUCCAGAACAAGCAUCGUGGUCUCCAGACUUGACGAGGAGCCGCCUCAGAACACUGACUCUCAGACAAACCAUACGACAGAGGGCGUGGAGAGGAAGUGGCACCCCCCAGAGGAGGGAUCAAAGGCAAACUUCAGAGGCUCAACGGCUUUACUUGUUGAGUUAGAAGGCCAGGUAGCUCAAGCAGCUGCCAAUGUUCAGAACGCACAGAGUGAGGUAUCUUACAUAGAGAACAGGAUUGCUGCUCUGAAUGCUGCUGGCAUGCCUGUGGAUAAGAGGAGAAGGUCUGCAAUCCCAAUCCAAGCAAGAAGGCUCUCCGACAACUUUCCCACAAACCAGGUGGACAGGUUUAUGAGGAACUCCCUCUACAGGGGCUCCCUGACGCAGAGGAACCCAGUGGCCAUGCCCAAGACCAGGGCAACCUGUGCGAAACCGGUUAUGACACAGGGCUCAUGAGGAGGAGGCUGAGUAUCCUGUGACUGAGCAGUUUGUCUUCUGACCACAUUCUGUCAGUUCUCAAGCUGAAAUCUAACUGAAUGAAUGAAUGAAUGAAUUUAGGUCUAGUUGCAGGGUGUAUUAGUCAGAUGGGGUGGGACUGCUUCAGGUUUUAUUUAAGACUGUGUCCUUUUUAUAUUAGAUUAUUUUACUAUAUGUUUAGUAUAUAGUAAAUGAAUAAGUUACACAUGAUAUGCACUAACAUUAAUAUGCAUCUUAGGGUAUACACAGGAUUUGCAGAUUAAUUUAAACGCAUGGAAGUUGUUGCAUACACCUUGUGUGCAAAGGCAUUUAUGCUGACCAUAGUAAUCUGAUAUCAUUAGCUGUUUGUUUCAGUGUUCAUGCAGCACAAGUUAAAACAUGAAAUGAAACUUAUGAACUGAAUGAACUUUAAGCAACAGGGCAGUUUUUCAAUAGCUGGUAGUUCACCAGUCCAAAAUACCAUCAGUUUGAAAUACUUUUAUAUUUUCCAAAACAUAUUUUUUUAAAGCAAUGUGAUGUUUAGUUAAUAUUUUUGAUUGGGAAAAAAAAAUGAAAUAAAAUUGGAAUUAUCUCGUAGUUCUCACAGUCACAGACAUGUAACUGCAACAUACAUAAUUGUCCUCCAAGCCAGGACACAUACACCCCCCUACCCCACUACCCUUGCCCUCUCUCUACUCUGUGACUGACAAAUAAAGGCAAUAAGGCAAAAAAAGAAUUAUUUAAAAUAUAUAUGUAUAUAUACACCAUUUUUAUUGUCACAUAAUAUCAAACAUGUAUUCCUAUUAGAUUUGUGAAUCUUCUGCUUUUCUGUAUAUUUAUACCAAUGAGAGAUGUAAAGAAAAAAAUGUUACUUUUUCUUCUUCGGUAUAAUAAGUACGUUUAUGGUGCAUCUUAGUGUGGAUAAACAGGUAUAAUCUAAAUGCAAAUGCUCCUAAAAUUGUACCUUUUUGAUUUUCCUUACAUUUUGCAACAAUGUAAUUCUCAGAAAUUAUUUCAUUUUCUUAUCUCCACAAUCAGCUGAUUUUAACUGCAGGUAUCAUUAUGAAUGCAGAUGAUAAAGGAAAUGUUUGAUUUUCUUUUUUUUUAUCUGAAGACGAUUCUGUGAUUUUCAUCAGCUGUGUGAAAAAAACAGUCGAGCGACAAAUUAAAGGAAAAUGCUGAAUGAAUGAAUUGGAGAUGAAAAACAAAUGCAGAUUCUUCCAUACAGGCCACAAAGAGGCACUUUGAAUUAGUCACCCAUCUGUGGAUUUAAAAUGAUAUUCUGUUUUACUCUAUUUUCUGUUUUACAGUUUGAGAUCAGUAUUUUUAUUUACUACUGAGAGAAAUGAACCACUUCAGUACCAGCACUGAGGUGUUUAGGUUUUUUUUCCAGCUUCUGUUUAAUUAUAUGUCUAAUUCUAAUUUUGCAAUAGCAUUUUUGUCCUAUUAGUCUUAUUAAAUUAUUUA